UUAAAAAUUUGUUUAAAGGAGAGAGAAAAACUUAUAGAGGAAGGAAGGGAGAUUUUCACCUACUCAAGCAUUCUUCUUUCCAAAGUUAUUACACAUCACUCACAAAUAGGAAACGCUCGUUCCGUUGCUAUAGUUACCAACCAUCGUUGAAAUCAGCCAAACUAUCUCCGCGGUAUGCUUGUUUGAAAACUUCGGAAGUUGUGAAUUCGUUCUACCUUUUCUCCUACGUUUCACCGAGUUGGAAUUCGUUUAUGCGUACAGAUAAAUGUUUAGACGUUUGUAGUAUAGAAAACAUUUGUGGAUUUUCAUUCCUUUCAUGACAAAAGGCUACAAAUUGUCCUAGAUUUUAUUUUGACAUAUCUGUGACAGAUUGGAAUUUCUUUAACGUGACAAAAGACAUACAAGAUGCCAACUCCGGAAGGGUUAAAACCUCAGAUUAUAGACAACAGCGAUGGUUCCAUCAAUGUUUCAUACCAGCCCAAAGUUCAGGGUAGACACGAGGUCCAGAUGUGCUACGAAGGGGCAGCAGUUGACGGAAGUCCAUUUCAAUGUUUGGUUGACAGCAUUGAUGGAGGUUUCGUGUCAGUUUAUGGCACCGGUCUCGUUGGCGGUAUGUCCGGAGAGCAAGAAAGUUUCACAGUUGUAUCAAAAUCAGGAACACAAAAUGAUGUUCAGGUCACAAUUGAUGGACCGGCACGUACAGAUGUCACCCGUAACGUUCAAGGUUCCCACGCAACCUUUAGCUACCUUCCAAUGACGUCAGGAGCUUACAAUAUCAACAUAUCAUUUAAGGGAAAACCAAUCAAAGGAUCUCCCUUCCAGGCUAAAGUUUCUGGUGAAGGCAGAAAACGCUCUCAGAUGUCGAUUGCCAACUGCAGUGAUUACUCAUUGAAUAUAAUAGAACCAGAAAUAGUGGACCUUGUAGGAGCUUUGAAGAAGCCAUCAGGAGCCAUUGAACCAUGUAUCCUAAAGAAAAUGGGAGAAGGUGGAAAUCUAGGAAUUGCAUCAUUCGCUCCAAAGGAGAGGGGUACUUACACAGCUAGUAUUUGUCGUUCGGACGAGAAACCUGUGAAGGGAAGUCCGUUUAGCAUCAAGGUUGGAGACAACGAACUUGCACAUGCUGCUAAAGUCCAUCUGACAGGCAAUACAACAAGUGCCCAAGCCAACUCUGACAACCAUUUUAUUGUAGAUACAACCGGUGCAGGAUAUGGUGGCGUCAGUGUGGUACUUGAAGGGCCUCACAGGUCUGAGCUUGAUUAUGAGGAAGUGGAACCCAGAAAGUACAAGGUCAUGUACAGCCCACACGAGCCUGGAAUAUACAUCCUCAAUGUCAGAUUCGCUGAUGAACAUGUCACUGGAAGCCCGUUCUUGUUGAAUGUUGCUGGUGAACCAUCUGGUCGCACACGUGAAACUGUUUCCCGCGAAAUGGAACAGGCUGAAGCAGUACAACCCAACACGAAAUGCGAAUUCCUCCUAAAAAUCCCAGGCACCAAUCCGUUCGACAUGGAAGCGUCUAUCACUGACCCUGAUGGCCAGACAGAAUUAUGCGAAGUCAUGGAUGAAGAUGAUUUCCACUACAGAAUUAACUUUACACCUAAAUUUAAUGGCAUUCAUAUUCUUAGUAUUAAACACAAGGGGAUGCAUAUAUCCGGAAGUCCCUUCCAGUACACCAUAGGUCAGCUGAAGGUUGGAGGAUCUCAUAAGGUACAAGUAGGAGGUCCAGGUCUAGAAAAGGGAGAGGCCACACAAUUUAACCACUUUAACAUAUAUACCCGAGAAGCCGGUGCUGGUACAUUGAGCGUUGGUAUCGAGGGUCCAGGCACCGCCAAAAUUAAGGUUGAGGAACGCCCACACGGAUUCCUUGGAGUAGCUUACAAUGUUGAUAAGCCCGGUAUGUACGGAAUUCACAUUAAACUCAACGACGAACACAUCCCCGACUCCCCGUUCCGUGUGAACGUCAGCCCUGACGGAGGCUCAGCCAGACAAGUUACUGUCCACGCCCUCAAAGACCGAGGCUUGUCUAUUGAUAAACCAGCCACAUUCACCGUAUCAUUCAACGGAGCUUCCGGUAAUCUGCACUCAUAUCUCCGCACGCCAUCUGGAGGCCAUGAAGAUUGUUUCAUCCAGGAGAUGGACACUGGUCUUUAUGCCAUCAGAUUUGUACCCAAGGAGAAUGGAGUUCAUUAUAUUGAUGUGAAGCUUAAUGAUACUCAUGUACCCGACAGUCCUUUUGCUGUCAUGGUCGGCUCAGUCGCUGCAGAUCCAGCCAUGGUCCAUGCUCACGGCGAUGGUCUUGAACAUGGAAAAUGCAACCAAAAGGCCAAGUUUGUUGUCAGGACAGCCGGGUCCGGCUCUGGUUUCUUGGCUUGCUUCAUUGAUGGACCUUCCAAGGCGGCACUCAGCUGCAAAGAGGUGGAUGAAGGCUACGAGUUUAGCUACACACCGUUUGCCGCUGGCAAAUAUCUCAUUACACUUAAAUACGGAAAUAUCGGCAUCGCCGGAAGUCCAUACCAAGCUGUUGUCACAGGAUCUGGACGAAAACCAUCACCAAUUCUUGAACAAUCUUCCAUGGUUGUCGAGACAGUAGAAAAGAAACCAGGAUCUAAGGUUUCAAAGAAAUUCCGUGGCGAUGCAAGCAAGGUCGUUGCCAGGGGACCCGGUAUCAAGAAGGCAUUCUUAAACAGAGUCCAGAACUUGACAUUAGAUGUAAAGGAUGCAGGUAACGCCUUGUUGACAGUGGGUAUGAUGACCCCAUCUGGUAACCCGGAAGCGGAACUUACCGUGAAAAAGGCAUCCAACACAUCCUACACAGUAUCUUAUAAUUGCAAAGAACCUGGGGAACACACCCUUCAAAUCAAAUGGGGAGAUGAGGACAUUCCCGGCUCUCCAUUUAGCCUUCAUGCAUAGACAACAAGACAUUUGCCUUAUUUAUCCUAGGCUAAUUGUGUGAUAUAAAUAAUAUCAGUUUACAAGAAACCUGUGUUCCAUUCCCUAACCCAUUUUAUGUUGUAGAAACAAUACGAUAAUUCUGAAUAUGGUCGAAGGUAUGAAAAAGAAAUUGGUCAAUUUAAGUGUCAUGAAAAUUUUCGCGCAGAAAAGUAUGUUUUCUCCAACAGAUGUUAAUAAACUAAUUUUUCAAUAUUUCAUGUGAGUGAAAAACUAUUUUUGCUCAGUUUCGGAUGCAGUUUUUGAUGGAAAAAUGAAAACAACUUCAGAAAAUAUUUGAGAAAUUUGUUUAUAAAGCAUGCAGUAAACGAUUUAGCCUUACAAGGAGGCAAAAAUUUGCAGAAAACGUCAUGAAUUGCCAAUAACAUAGCGAGUGUAGAAGGAAUUGUAAAAUGUUGUUUGGAUGUGCAGUUUAAAACAUCUGUCAGACUUUUAGCAUAUUUGAUAAGAACUGAAUUGCAAUUUUUAUUUGGGUUUUAGUCUUUUAGAAAAAAUAUUAUAUAUGUAAAUAUUGACUGAUUGUAUUUAAUCUUGUGAUUUUUAAGAAAAAAAAUAAAUGAAAUGUUUAAAGUUAUUUACACCGCUUUUAAUUGAGUUUUAGCUAAAUUUAUUGCCAUUUUCUUUUGACAAGUUAACGUUCGGGCGUCAUUUUUACGUUUCGUUCGGAGACGGUCGUAUUAUUUUUAACGGUAUUAACUAUUGUGCAAUAUAUUUAUUAAUAUUUAUUGUAGUAAUUUAUUAAAUAACCUUCUUUUUGUGUGAAACACAGACCGUGAAGCUGUUAGUUUAAUUUUUUGAAAGUUUUGUAGAAGACAAUGUAUCUUUUUUAUGUAACAAAACAUAUGUUGAUGCUAUUACAAUUUAUUCUAAAACAAAAAAAAACGACAAAACACUUUGUGCAUGGAGUGAUAACAUGUCUAGGAUUGUUUAGGUAAAUAAAACAUCGAAACUA